UUCAACUUGCCAGCUGAUCAGAGUUAGAUAGGGAACACAGUAAUCAUGCUUUGUUCGAGUUGUCCUCAGCUAUUCUUUUAUUUAAAUUUAAUAAUUGAAAGAAUAGGGCCGUAUUUGUAAUUAAAUGUCUAGUGAAACUAGAUCUUCAGUGGUUUAAAUUAAUAGGUUAAAAAUUUGUGUACGUACACAAUGACUGUAGCACAAAGUGUGACACUAUUUCAACAAUGGUUUCCAGCAGUCGAAAAUGAAAUUGACACAUUGCAAUUCUUGAGUGCUUCCAGAGGUAUCGUUUGGUUGGUUGAUCAAUUUGGUCUCGCUUUUGAGCCAGUCAAGAAAGAUUUACUUGGGAAUAUAGAGAAAAUAAAUGCGAAAUAUUUGGAAAAUACUGAAGAAUUCAACUGUUUAUUGCGUAUGAUUUUAUAUGAAAAUGAAAGAGGCGAAAAUCAUGCGAUAGAAUCAUUGUUAUGGCUAAGAAGGGGUUUAACAUUCAUGAGUAAAUUCCUAUCAAUCUUCCUAGAAAAUGAAAAGAAAGGUAUUCACGACGAGAAUUUAUGUCGAAUUAUGAAAGUAGCCUACGAAGAAACGUUAGCAGCCCAUCAUAAUUUCGCUAUUCGAAUCCUAUUUAGAAUGCUGCAGGCGAAAUGCCCUUCCAGAUCUCGAUUUUUAACUAUCAUUGGACAGGAAGAAUUAGAAGACAGAAAAGUAAUCAUUUCUCAUCUAGACGAUUAUUCAGAAAAAUUAGCGACAAAUUUAGAAACAUUGAUAGCUUUUUGUCAGAAGCACAAUAUUCAACCUCAUCAUUGAUGUUCAGAUGAAGCAAAAACUGAUACCUAAAAUUACUUUUUAUUUUUACGUGUUUUCCUGAUUUAUUUUAUGUAUACUCGUGAACUUUUUGUUUUGUUGUAAUGUUUUUUUCUCGUGAACUUUUCUGCCAAUUAUGUUAAGAGAGUAUGAUGUUAUUAGGUUUUCCUUAAAAGGACCAAAAUAGAAUAAUUCGUAAAGAGUGCUAAUGUUACUGCGUGAAAACCUUAUGUUACUAUAAACUUCUACUACGUUAAUGUUAUUUUAAUUUUAUAACAGGAUCAUUUAAUGAGUAAAUUUUUCUUCGUAA